AACGAGCAUAUACUUUAAUAUAAAACUUUAAUCAGCUUUAUUUGGAAUUUUUGUCUUAUAGAUUUUAAUUUCUUUUAUACGCAAAACUAAUUUUUUUUUUGUUAUUGAGAAGUAUGUCCACUUAUCAUAAGUGCUCUGUUAAAAGAAGCUGUUCAACAACGUCUUUUAACUUAUGCUAACAUUGAACAACGUACGUCAUCUUUCAUUUUUGGCUUUUAUGACUCUUCAAAUAAACCUCCACCAGUUAAAAUGCAACUUCUAUUUAAUCCAAAUAUUACUGGCUCUGUCAGUCAAAAAUUAUGUUUUUUUUCAACUAUUUCCAAUAAUAUUCCAUGUCAUCAUUGGUCAGCUAUCCUUAUUUCUAUUAUACACUAUUUUACAAGAAAUUAUCAGAUAUAUAUAUAUAUGGUAAUCCAAUUAGAAAAUCAUGAUUAUCAUAUCUCAAUGGAUUAUGUAAACAAUUUUAUUCUCUGAUGAUUGAACGUUUACAUGAUCAUGUAACACCUAAAGUCCACUUCAUAACUGAAUAUUCUCGUUCUAUUGAAAAAUAUGGACUUUCCAUAUUGAAUUCGUAUAUAAGGUUUGAAACAAAACACUUGUAUUCCAAACAACUUGCUGCUCAUACAUUUAACUUUAAAAAUUCUUUGUUGACUCUUUCGAAACGUCAUCAAUUACGUAAUUGUUUAUUGAGCCAUUCAAACUCAUUUUGUUCAGCAUCAUUAAAUAUUCGAUCGUGUAAAGCUAUUACAUUAAUGUAUCUUUCACUUUCUGUUAAACGCUUAUUAAUGAAGAGCAUUGAUCAAUCUGAUCCAAUACGUGAAUGUUUUUCGAUUUGUUACCAUAACAUCCACAUUAGGCCAAGCGCCAUAAUUAUUCGUGAUCAUGCACAUGCAGAAAAAAUUCCUAUAUUCUGCCAAAUACAUCAUUUGUUAAACACCAAGGAAAAAUGGGUUGUUAUCGCUGAAGAACUAGAUACAGUUUCAUUUAAUCAUAAAUUAUGCUCGUAUAAAGUUGGAUUUACAGGAACGUUGAUUUCAAUAGAGAUAAAUCACUGUUUUGAUAUAUUGCCACGUUGUCUUGAUUGUUGUCUAGUAGGACAAACACAUUAUAGAAAUGUCUUGACUCGUUUAACAAGACGAUAAAAAGAGUGUUCCUUUUUGUUUAUACAGAAGUUAAAAUUAGAUUUUUAUUUGAUAAGGUUGUUGGCUAGUAGAUAUUUAUUUUUUCAUUUGUAAUCUUGUUCAUUUGCUAAAGAAAAGAUCUAUCUCUUUGUUAUAGAGGAGAAAAUUGAUAGUCCAACAUUAAUUUUACUUCAACAUAAUGAUAUUAUUCAAAUAUUUCCUCGAAUUAAAGAUCAUGUCAAAUUUAUUGAUCAACGUAUAAAAUUAAUCUCAAACUUAACUAAACAACGUGAAAAUGUAUUAAACGAGAAUAAUACAUCAACAUCAUUAUUAUUGAAUGAAAAUAUAGAAUUUAAUUCUGAUAAUAAUCAAAUAACAGAUUCUGAUGUUUCAAAUCGUAACUGUUUCAAUGAUAAUGAUGAUAUCUUUAUGAAAUUACGGUUACCUUCAGAUUAUGAAGGACCAAAUUUAACUAUGAGAAUACAACAAUGUAUUGAUGAUAAUAAUCUUUCGAAAUUUUUUCCACAUACGACCAUGCGUAGUGAACUUUUAUCUCUUGUCUUCGAUGAUAUAAUAGAACCAUACAAAUUGUUUUAUUUAACUAAUGAUGCAUAUAAAACAAUGGCCAUGUGUAUAUUAAAGAAAUUACAUGUUCCUUCAUCAUUAGUUUAUCAGGCCAUAAAAGAUUGGCAUGAGUCGAUUAAACAGGAAUUUGAAUGUGAACGUAAACAAUUACAAAUGACUAAUGAUUUUGUAAAACUUAAACAAGACAAAUAUGGUAAUGGUAAAACAAAUAGAAAACCAAAAAAAAGUUUAAUGUUACAAGCUGAAUGUCGAGUUAAUGAUGUAGUAAGUUGUGAAUUAUUUUUAAAUGAAUAAUCAUACCGUGUUUUUGUAGCCAAGGAUAAAUUUAGUUGAUCAAUAAAAUGAAAAUUUGCUAUUGAUUAUCAAUCAAAUGAAAAUGGAAUUACUUAAAGAUGAUCCUAACAAUAUUUUACUUUAUAAUCUUUGGUGACAAUCAUUUAAUAUUCGUCGUUUAUGUAUUUGUGAACUUACAAUUAUUGAAGUACUUAAACGUUUUCCUGGCUAUUGCUGUCCAAAAAUGGUAAGAAAUUUUUGUCAUAAACUAUUGAGAUACUUUAUUUAAUACUACUGUAUUUGAUAUAAACACAAUUAAUUUAUCUUACAAGACAGCCGAAUUUUUUUCAAUAAUAUCUUUAAACGAGGACUUGAACCAUUCUUUUCUUCAAUCUUUUUCAAUAAAUAUGAUGAAUAAAUUCUCUCUAUUAUUUGUAGAGUAUUUGAUCCCAAAUUUAAACCUAAUCGAAAGGAUUAAUUCUAAAGAAGUCACACAAAGCGACCAGUUUUUAUGACUAAGAAUAUAUUUGUUGCGAAUGUUUCGUGAAUUCAAUCGAUUAAUAACAUACAAAAAUAUCUAUACCUUUUGACACCAAUGAGUGAUUACUCCAAGCACUCCUAAAAUAAUAUUCUAAUUUACAAGUUUCUCCAUUCAUUAGCACUAUCAUUGAAAGUAAUCGUAUACUUUCAUUAUAAUUACUUGCAUCGGUGUAUCAAUUCAUUUUUAUAAAAUAAUGUUACUAACGAGGGAACAUCCCCAAGUGUGAGUCUCACUUUUGAAUGGGA